GUGUGGUGCAAGUGCAACCAAUCUGAUCACCCAGUCGUCCCUUCCAAUACCCGGUGCGGUGAUGAUGAUGGCUCGGGGAAGAGGUGGUGCGAUCGGCGGCGGCGGCGUCAUCGCGUUGGUGCUCCUGGUCGGCCUCUUCGUGGCGACGAGUGCCCCGCCGGUCGCCGAGGCGGCGGCGUCGUACAUGGUCGGCGACUACGGCGGGUGGAAGUUCAACGUCGACAGGUGGGCCAAGGGGAGGACCUUCCGCGCCGGCGACGUGCUCGUGUUCAGCUACAACCGUGCGGUGCACGACGUGGCGGUGGUGAACGCGGCGGCGUACCGGAGCUGCGCGGUGCCCAACAAGGGCGCGAGGGUGCUGCGGAGCGGGCGCGACAAGGUGAGGCUCGGCAGAGGCACGCACUACUUCGCCUGCACCGUGCGGGGACACUGCCAAGCCGGCAUGAAGCUCGCCGUCAGGGCCGUGUAGUAGUCCCGCCUGGCAACGGCGGCCACGCCCAACUUCCAGAGUCCAGAUCCAUCGAUCCAUGCCUCAGGUCGGCUGCGUGUGGGAUCCUGAAAAAUCUAGACCUCCUAGCUAUUUUGCGUUGCUUAGUUAAUCUAAUGGCGAGCUAUCUUGUCGUGUGUUCUGUGUACGUUUAUGGCCCUUUUGUUGAUGUUCUUGGGUUAUGCUAUGCACGAGUAGUACACAUGUCCAAAUGGGCUGGUCUGACAGUGGGCCUGUCAUCCGGCACAGUCGUGACCCGGCAUAAGCAUGGCCUGACCCGACUAAAACGGUACUCGGAUUGGCCUGCCCGAUAGCUGUGCCGGGCUUGGGCCGGCCGUCUAGCCCACGAUGCAGGCAUGAAUCUGGUCCGGUUAAAGGGUAGGCACGAUAACGGCUCGAUUGAGGAACUGAUUUUAUAACAACCAGUAUAUUUUUAUCUACAAUACU